AAGCGGCAGCAGACGGGAAACCUCUCGCGAACAAAUGGCGUCCCUCCAGCACGGAGCAGCUGAUCCCUGAGCGACCACGGAGGGGUAAACACGCCGCCCGCGGUCUUCUCUCUUCUCGUUUGCGACAACACCUCCACCCCUCGUUUGCGUUAACGGCAGCGGCUGCACGUUUGCGCACUCUCCGGUAAUCCGAGAUCCUCCAGAACCGCCGUGCCCGCCGGAGUGCUGAACGAUCCCCGCUGUCAAACCAAACGGAUCCGGAGAGCGGCGGCGGCGGCGGCGCGUGCCCCUGUUCUCACGCGCGCCGUGGGUGCGACGGUAGCGGGUCAAAUGUUUCCACCCUGACGGCGGAGGGACGCGCAAUGAACAGGAGCAUCACCUCCUCCUCUUCCUCCUCCUCUUCCUCCGUCUGACUGGUCGGUCGCCUCUUCGCUGAUUCCAAUUCAGGAGAUCAUCUCCCCAAAAUUUUGACUAUUCCUGAGGUUUCACCAUCGAGGCGACGUUAUCCCACAAAGCCAGCUCUGUGGCGGCGAAGAUGACCACGGCGCGGUACCGUCCCACCUGGGAGCUGGCCGUGGACCCCCUGGUCUCAUGUAAGCUGUGCCUUGGAGAGUUCCCAUUGGAGCAGAUGACCACAAUCACACAGUGCCAAUGUGUCUUCUGCACACUGUGCUUGAAGCAGUAUGUGGAACUCCUGAUUAAAGAAGGCCUUGAAACCGCAAUCAGCUGUCCUGACUCUGCCUGUCCCAAAAGAGGACACUUGCAGGAGAACGAGAUUGAGUCCAUGGUGGCCACGGAGAUCAUGCAGAAAUACAAGAAGCUUCAGUUUGAAAGGGAGGUGCUGCUGGACCCGUGCCGGACGUGGUGCCCUUCCUCGACCUGCCAGGCCGUGUGCCAACUAAAGGAAGUGGAUCCUCCCGCGCUGCCCCAGCUGGUCCAGUGCGCCGUAUGUGCCCUCGAGUUCUGCUCGGCCUGCAAAUCCAACUGGCACCCCGGACAGGCCUGCCAGGAGAACAACCUGCCCAUCGCCUCCUUCCUGCCGGGAGAAAACAGCUCUUUCUAUAAGAAUGAAGAGGAUGAAGCACCAAUCAAGCGCUGUCCUAAAUGUAAAGUCUACAUCGAGAGGGACGAGGGCUGUGCACAGAUGAUGUGCAAGAACUGCAAACACGCCUUCUGCUGGUACUGUCUGGAGUCUCUGGAUGACGACUUCCUCCUGAUCCACUAUGACAAAGGGCCCUGUCGGAACAAACUGGGCCACUCCAGGGCGUCUGUCAUCUGGCACAGAACACAGGUCGUGGGGAUCUUUGCUGGCUUUGGCCUGCUCUUGCUGGUGGCCUCCCCCUUCCUCCUUCUGGCCACGCCCAUUGUCCUCUGCUGCAAGUGCAAGUGCAGCAAAGGGGACGAUGACCCGUUGCCGACCUAAGCUCGCCAUCAAAGCUGCGACCAGGAGCCGCUUCAUAGAUGGGCCAUGUUUUGUUUUUCCUCUUCCACACCUUAUUACGUUCUUCUCCUGCCACCAGCUUUGAGUGCUUGAUUUUUUUUUUUUUGGGGGGUAGAAGAAGUG